GAUUAACUUAGAUAUGAAGAAGGUUGAAUACUUUUCCUUGAUUAACCGGCAGAACUGGGAAAACAAUUAUUAAUAAAUUUACUGCUUGAGAAAAUUGGAUCACAGAAUGAUGUGGCAUUUGCUAUUGCUUCAUCUGGGAUUGCAUUGACACUUUUGGAUGGUGUGAUCAGUUACAGAACCAAUGAAUGCAGUUUAUAAAAAUAAAGCAGAGCAUUUACAAAAAUCCUAUGUGGCUAUGUGAGAGAGCUAUCAUUGUCUCUAAAAAUCAAAGUCAUUUAUAAAAAAAACUAUCUUAUUCACAAUAUUAUUAUUAUGUCAGGAACCGUAAAUGAGUACAAAUCAAUAGAGGCAGUGGUGGAUGUAGACAAAGCAGUAAACUAUCCCAUGGAGUUUCUCAAUUCCCUCUGUAUUCCUAGGGGACCAUCACACAGACUGUGGCUUAAAGUUGGGUCCACUUAUCAUACUGCUUUGCAAUCUUGACCCACCUAUAUUAUGCAAUGGUGUUGACUUUGCAUCAAGAUGAUGCCUAAUUUUAUAGCAUUGACAAUAUUUAUGAGGAAAGUAAAGGAAUGUGACAUAGAUAUUUCCCUUAUCCAUUAAGACUGGCAUUUCAUAUUACUAUCAACAAGGCAAAGGCCAGUCAACAAAGUGCUGUGUUAUAGACUUGGACUCACCAUUUUUUCCCACGGCCAAUUAUACACAGCUUGUUCAAGAAUAGUCUCCUCAAAACAUUUGUUCAUCUGUGCUCCAGAUGGAGAAAUGAAAAAUGUUGUGCAUAAACAAGUUUUGUAAUAAAAAUGUGAUUCAUUAAGGAUGACAUACAAUACAACACUGUGUGCUGUCUUUUGUGAAUAGUUAAACAUGAAGACACAGCAAAUGCAUAAGGACAAAGGACACAUUUUCUCACAUAAAGGUUUUUCUCAUACAUACAUUCUUUUGUAAUAAGUUAAAUUUACUAGUUUUUAUUUAAUUUAAAAGGUUUUACUACGAAUUGAAUUGGUUCUUUCCUUUAUUAAAAAAAAAUAUCCAUGUAACUAAAUAAAAAUUUAUAAGAAAUCGAUAGUUCAUGAUGCAGCCUUAGCAAAAUGACUCAGUAGGAUAAGUCCAUUUUCAAAGUGCAUCAAUUGCACCAAGGUUAAUCCAGCCCUGCCCCAAGCAUACUGUUACUAUUUUCAGGCAAUCUCAGACCCACAGGUUUAGAAACAUUGUUAUACACACCGUGACAAAAAAAAUCACUUUUGAUGUUUUUUAUAAUAUGCCAUCUUUUCACUUUAGGAUCCUUUGAAACAAAAUUGUAUUCAGAAUCUUGUGCAAACAUCUAUUGAUAAAAAUAUGCAAUCUCUUGGUAUUGCAUUUGGUUGUUCUAUAUGUUUCACAGCCUUAUAAAGUAUAGAGCAGCAUUCCCCAAAUGGUGGUCCGCAGACUGGGUGUCAAUCCCUAAACAUUAAAUUGCCUGUCUGCAAGAAACUGGGGAAAAGUUACAUGUCUGAGUCGCGUUUCAAAACAAACUUCGAAAAUUGAGAUUGUCUUAGGCAUAAAAAUACCCCAUGUUGUAAGCAUUAAGAAGAACCGGGUAAGCUGCCAUUAUGUCCCAAAAUAAUAAUUUUAAGAAGUGUAAAACCUAUCAAUUAAAAAAAACAAGGCCAAACCAAUUUAAACUUAUUUUUGAAAGCUCUUGCCUGUAGAAUCUGAUUAUGAACAAUGAGGUAUUUUUAUGGAAAUUAAAUUUCAGAUGUGACAUUUCACAACCAUGACAUCUCUAGAAUCUUUCACUAGAAUUCAUUAAUCAUGUUAAAGCAGAAUAUCCUGAAAUUGCUAAAUGAUAGUAGUAGUAGACUUGGUAGUUAAUUGAGUCUGAAUGAAUUAGCUGAUUACAGAUUGAAAAAAUAUUUAAUGACAUAACUAAGGUCAAAUAAAAAGACAAAUAAUUAAUAAAACUGGCACCUGGCCAUGGUGCAAUGGGAAACUUGUCCACCGGUCUGCCAAACUGAAAAGUUUGAGAAAUGCUGGUAUAGAAUACAGAGAUUUAUGCAAUUUAUUAAAAAGUUAUUUCAUCAUUAAUUUUUGUGUGUUGUACCAUAUCUAAUCCAGAGUGUUGAAUGUUCUUCUAGCUCUUUUCUGUUUCUCAUUUCUUCAUUGUUGUUACACUUCUUGUUAAUGAUGCUUCCAAUAUUUGUCAACAAAUAUUAAUAUACUUCCACAAAGGGAAUAUCUUAAAUGUUAAAUCUGUUCUGUAAUAUGUCUUAGGAAGCUGGCCACAACAGUGAGAAUUUGGAAGUGUUUUCAAACCUUUGUGCUUACAGCUAGGGAAGUGAAAUUGUAAAUCCCAGUGAAGCAAGAGAUUACGAAAAGUAUACCUAUCAAUUUUAUGGAUUAGCGCAAGCUUUAAAUGUUUGAGAGUUAGAUCAAUGUUCACUUCUGUUUCUUCAACUGGUUAUUGUAAUUUCAAGUGUUAACUCUUACUCCCUGUAACCCAAACAGCAGUUGUCUAAAUGUUAUUAUUAUGAAAUAGUAUAAGGAAUCACUUAAACUUUUCAAGACAGUGCUCAUUUUCAAAACAAAAUACAUUAAAAGCACAUGAUGAAUUAUAUGCUGCUAAAAUUGUUUAAAUUGUCCAGUUAGCAUGUCAGUGCAACUCUUAGACUCUAUUUCCAUUUGAAAAAUUAAAAUUUAAAAGUCUUCUCUUCAGUUUUUUAACAUUGUAGCUGGAAAAUUUUGUCUUAGUCAUUGCAUCUAUAUUUUAUACAAAUUUUAAAGAAAACUAAAUAUUUUAAUUUUGAUUUAGUGUGUUCUUAUGAUAGUAAUAGCUUUAAGGAUUUUGUUAUUUAAAAAAUCAAUGUUAAUAACUAUUUUUUUUUCUUUCAGAUUUGCAGAAUUUACGAUGUCUUCACCUAGGCCAGAAUUUGUUUGUGCAUGUUUUUUCAACAAAAAUAUCUUCCUCAAGAAAUAUAAACUUCAUAUUACAUAUGAAUGUGAUAGACAAUUUCAGGAACAGUACAGAGAUGUAUGUAGAGAUAUUAUUCUCUUCUGGUUGAGCUUUUGCUUCUCAGAUCUGUUCAGCUAAACCAUGCAAUUGUUAUGAUUUUCUUUUAUUUUUGUACCUGGUUUUAGCUUUUUCUAAUAUAUAUGUUCCUUACAUGAUAAUGUUACUCAUAUCCUGAUAAUUUAGUUUCAAAGAAAAAAGUGCACAUUUUCAAAGUUCAAAAUGAGGAACCUUGAGAUUUUCUGUUUUUUCUUCAUUUUUUAAUAAAUUAAAUAUUUCAUUUCAGGCCCUUCGCUUAAAAGGCUGUUCCACGGAUAAGCAGUAUGAUAAGGAACUGGCUGAGGUAUUCAAAAUUCAUUGAAAAUGGUUAUUAAAUUUUAAACAGAUUUUCAUAUUUUACUCUUGGUUAAUCAUUGAGUUUUUAAUUUUAAUUAUUUUCAAAAUAAUAUACCGGUCGGUCUAAAAGGAAUACUGCUUUUUAGCUACCAAAUCUUGCAUUGAUGCUAACUAAAAUGUCCCUCAAGUAAAUGUUUAGACUUUUCCACUGAUUUUUGUAUUAGGCUUAAUACAAUGACUCCAGCAUCCAUUUUUAAAAGCAUUCCUUUAAAAAAAUACUUAGGAAAAAAAUGUUAUUGCUAUUUGUUUUCAGAUUCACCAAGAAAUAACUAGAAGGAGGAACUACCAUGCUACAUUUCUUGACAAUUACAUCACCAUACAAAAAAAGUAUAAAAAACUUCAUCCACACAUUUGGAAACUAAACUUUAACAUGCUAGAUUCCAGAUUUACAGCCAUAGCGCAAGAGGCACAACAACUUUUAGUACUAGAAGGAAACAGACCAUUGAGGAAAGAGAUGAUGUCUCAUAUCAUAGAUAAUGGUGGCAACAUCACAGGUAGCAUAGUUGUUUGGUUAUUUUAAAAUAUGAUUCACUAAUUAAACAUUUAACAUACUAAUUUAAGAAUAUCUCUGCAACUACAUGUAUAAUCUAUAUACCGGUACUCCUUAUUUCUUGAUUAAAUUGUAUUUUAUAAAACCAUCAAAAAAAUUUUAUCAUGCUGUAAAUUUUAUUUCUACUGAAUGCCUCUACAUUAAAUCAUUUCAUUUGAAUUUGGGAAUAUGAAAACAAAUAAUCAAAGUUGCCUUUUCUCUUUUUUUUCAUGAUUAAAUGGGAUAUUUAGAAAAAUGAUGGUGCCCCUAAUAUGAAACACUUUUUAACUGCUACCAAUAUCUUGUUGAACAUAAAUUUGGAGCAUUAAAUAAUAAAUGUAGCGGAAUGACACAGAUUUAUUCACCUCAAACAUUCUCCAUGGCUGUUCUAUAAUUUUUUGGGAAUGAUUUAGCUGUAAUUAAAUACAAUUUUUACAUAUUAUUUCCUUUUACUUCAGAUGAAUAAAUCAAUAUAAAUUUUAGUAAAUACCCAGUUUUACAUUGCUAGUAUUCUACUGCAUUGCAUAUGCCAGGGCAAAAGAAUCAGAUCAGUCAUAAGACAAAAUAUUUACAAAGAAAUGCUUAAUCCCUAAUUCAUAAAACUUAGAGAAAUGCUUUGCUAAAAUAAUUGUUUUAUUAAACUGAAAAAUAGAAAAUAGAUUUGAUCUAGUUUUGAAACCAAUUGUAAAAUAUUAACAUUUGUUUCUACAGAUGCUGAGACAUUCAGAUUCCCAGUAUUUACUAAAAUCACUUGCCAACAAAUUAUGGAGGAAAUUGAAAAUUUUUCAAAUUGCUCCAUUAAAAAAACUCAACCUAACACAAUGAACAAAGGAGGAGUAUGUGCUGUUGUUUUUUUUUAAAUUUUGUAUAACCUUAUAAUUUUUUAAAAUGGUUACCAACAACAUUCAUUAAACUACUGUUAACAUUAAGUACCAGUAUAUUAAACUAUUCUUUCCAAAAAAGAAAAUGUAAAAAAAAAACAUUUUAAAAUAAUAAAAGCACUCACAUACUUAGCAAGUGUUUAUUACCAUAUUUCAAGGGUCUGGAAACCAAGCAGCCAUAUCUUUUUGUAUGGCCUACAACUACACGCUACGAAUGGAAUAUAAUUAUGAAUUUCUUGAAAAAUCUCAAAGAAUUUCCUUUAAACUUUAUUGGCUUCAUAUGUGAUGUUUCUAAUAGGCUGCAUUCUCCCACUGCUCUGUUUUUAUACUAGGCAGUUUAAUUUGAAAUUUCCUCAAUUUACCUCUGCAAUUAAACCUAUUACAAGUUUAAAAUUUGCUCUUAAAAAUACUGUUUGCAGAUACUAUGCCCCGUUAUUUAUUCUUUAACUUUAUUUUUGAACUUUGACAACUGCAAGUAAAAAUGUGUAAAAAUUUUUAAAUAAUUUUUUGCAAUGUUACAAUUCUUUGCUUUUCACUUACUACAAUUAUUGAAAGUGCUUUAAAACUUUUGAAUAUUCUCUAAAUUGCUUGUGAUAGGUAUCCUUGGAUGAAAUGGGAUUGUCUGAAGGACUCAUUACACCACUCAUCAAAGAUUACCUCCAACCAAUUACAAAGGUGCUCUUUCCAAAUUGGGGAGGAGGUAGUCUAGAUUCUUACAAAAGCUUUGUUGUGAAAUAUGAACAUGCUGGUGAUACUAACUUGAGUUGGCACUAUGAUAAUUCAGAAAUCACACUAAAUAUUAGUCUUAAUUCUAACUUCCGAAAUGGGGAGCUGCAGCUUAUGAAACCAACCAAAGAUGGUGAAGAGGAUCAAGGAAUAGUAGUUAUCUCCCAUGAAGUGAGUAUGUUAUUUAGAGAGUAUCCCAAUUAAUUUUUAAAUGAUUUCCAAAUUCUUUUUCUUAUGCUUUAUUUGAGGAUUUUAAUUUAUCAAAGGCUAGGACUAAAUCAUUUAUAUUAUAUUCUCUUGGAAUCAAAGCUUCUAAAAUAAAAUUAAUUGCAUUUGUAUAAUUGAAGUAUAGCUUAUCUUAAAAAUGGAACACAGUAUAGAUUAUCUUAAAAAUGGAAGGUUCUUAAUAUUGCAAGAAAGUAUGUUGGAGUUCAGAAUAGUUAUGGAAUUGAUGAAUGUAAAUUUUAUUUAAAUUUAAAUGUGUUCUUCUCUUUAACAGGAAGGUCAUGGCAUCCUACACUGCGGGCGCCAGCAACACUCAGCUCUUCCUAUCACUGCUGGUGUUCGGUAUAACAUAAUUGUUUGGAUGAGAAGUUCCAUGAUUCGUAACAAGUUGUGUCCAAUGUGCCAGGAAAAACCCACUUUAGUUCAAGUCUCCACUGCUGGAGAUGGUUUCUACCCCGAAAACAGUUUAUGCAACCUUUUGUAACAAAUUGAGAGUUUACAUUAUCUUAUUAUAAGAUUAUUAUGUUUUCAACACUCUUCAACAAGGACUUCAAAGUCUUCUUCAACAAUAACUGGAUAAGUUUCUUCAACAAAUACUGAUCAGGCUUCUUCAGCUGACUGUUUCUUAUGCUUAUUUUGCACUUUUCAUUGCUGAAUCAUUCUAUGGACAAUGUGUUUUAGAAGCAAUCAUUUUGCAUUGGAAUGUAGUUGCUUUAAACCAGGUGCAGCAAUUAAAACCUGUUACUAUUAGAGAAAUCAAGCUAUUUUUUUAUAAACAAUAUAUGUUGGAAUGCAUGUGUUAGUGCCAGUGGCUGCUGGGAUGCCAGUUCACACUGUACUCGCUAAAUACAGCAAUUGUAAUGUUAGGGUAGUCGCCCCAGGGACAAAUUUAGUCAACAUUUGCUUCUGUUUGCUUCGAUGCUCUAUGGCAUAACUUUGUAACUUAUUUUUUUUUAAUGCAUUCUCAACAGCAGUGUUAGAUUUUGACAUAAUUUAAUCAGAUCUAUUAAGUGGCAUUUGAAAUCUAUUUUAAGCAGUCACUUAGUCAAUCAGAUUUACAAUUUUAAUAUCCCUGUUUUGUUCCUGCACUCCCUUCUCCCAAUACAGCUUGUGGUAGUUAUUAGACUAUAAUAUGUUUACAGAAAAUAAAAUCAGGCUCCUAGGUGGCCCGCCAUGUUAAAUAUCAUGGCCCGCAGGAUGUAUCACAAAAAACAUAUUUCUUCAUUCAAUUAGUAUUAGCGAUUAUUUUCAUUCUUGGCAUAAUUUCACAUUUGAAAAAUAUAUAUCAUUUUUUUUGUGACGGUAAUCAGAAUUUCAAUGCACUAGCCCCUAUUUGGACUACUUUAACAAAAAUAGGAUGUAAUUUAAAUAAGUAAUAACUUAUAAAUUAUACAAAAAAUUUUACUAUUUAGUAUUUUUUAUAACUAAUAAAAUUGAAGGAUUUUUAUAAAUAUGGCUAGGUAAAGGGAACCUGUUUUCCUAUUAAAUGUAGAAUUAUGCAAAAUUGUAUUCAGGUAAACGUCAAAGCCAAAGUGCAUCCGUGAAUUUGAAUUUUUAACAAAAUUCUGCUGUGGAACUUAGAUAACUUCAUUGGGCGUCCUCAGGUUACGCUCCUCCAACCCGUCUUCAUCUAUCACAUUUGCAAAGAUGGGCACCUUUUUAUUUGCAAUAAAGCACUAUAUAUAAAUAUGUAAACUGCAGUCAUCUACUUUCGGCAGAGACCAUUAAUAGUUAUUGUAUCCAUUAUACUGUAUCAUUAAUAUUAUAUGUAUGUUAAUUUACCAUUCCAAUAUAUGGUCUUGUACGAUUUUAUGAUGGUUAUGCACGAAUCUUAGAUGAUAUUGUACCAUUUUAGGAGUUCUAGGGUAAACAGGUCUGCAUCAGAAGCAACAAUUUCUGAAUAUUUAUAUAGUGCACUUAACUUCAUGUUAUUAUGCCACAAGAUGGAUUUAUUAAUUUCUUCCUGAACCAACCUGAGAUAUUUCCGUUUUUGUGUAAACUUUCUCAAACAUACAUCUACUUUUUUAGUGCCCUCUAGGGGUAGCAAAACCGGUCCGUUUUGCCAAAACUGGUAUGAAGUUUACAAAUACUGGAAUCCCGAUAUUUAGAGAAUUUUUAGUCAAGAUUAGAGGUGAGGAUUUAUCAAUGAAAAAAACAUUCAAUAAAAAAUAUCACAUUUUGAUUUGUAUAAGCUUUUAACAAAAACACAAAUGUUUAACUUUAGAUAUUAAUCAAACAAUCAAAAAUAAUAGUCUUAACUUUUUAUUUUAAAUAGUUUUAUUAAUCAGAUAUUAAAAUAAUUUGUGUUGUUUUAAUCUUUGGUCAAAUUUAAAUAAUGAGAUCGUAAAAUUGACGUGUCUAAUAUUUGGUAACUUACUUUGACUGCAAGUGGUUACAUAAGUAAGAUAACAAGAAAACCGGCUCAGACUCCACAUUGGUCGGAGGAAUAUACCUGAGGCUAUCAUACUCUAAUUUUUAGAUACUUUCCUAUAUUAUGAACCACCAUUCUCAAAUAAAGCCAUUUCUAUUUUUACCAAUGCAUCAAUGUCUCCAUCCGUUGGUCUGGAAGUAUUAGCCUAAAGAUUCUUUUGUAUUUCAAUUUCUAAUUGUAUCUUAAGCGGCAGUGUAUCUUCAAGUUCAUCAUGCUCAGAUCCAAGACGUUCAAUUUCAUUGUUCAUACAUAUUUCCAACAAGGAAUCCACUGUGUCACCAAAAUGUUGAAUAUCCACAAUAUGUCGUCGCAAUCUGGCCUUAGAAAUACGUCCAAGUAAUCACCGGAAUGUGCAGACUUUAAAUGACAGUGAAGGCCUGAAGUUGUACCUCCCAAUGUUUUAAGUGUCUUGUUACAUCCAAUGCAUUUAGCUGAGAGAUUGUCCAUAGCUUUAAAAAAAUAAUACCAAACUGAUAUUUUUGUUUUCGAUAGUUUCAUAUACUUUUCAUAUUUAGCUUAAUUUUUGUCCGGGUCCCCCAUUUCUUUCUACCAACCUAAAGGGAAAAUAAACCAUUAACAAAAAUUUAUUUAUUAAAUCGAAUUGGUUUGAUGUGUAAAACUUUUUUUUAAAUGUUUAAAUUUUCGUGUAAACGUUUGGCUAAGUACGGUACAGACAAACUGGGACAUUCAGCCUGAAAGAAAAUAGCUCGAAAAUCAAUUAUGAGGUGAAUGUAAAUUAUUAAUAUUGUUAUCACAAAAUAGAAGUAACAUAAUUUUUCUGUUUCUUAAAUUUAGGGUAUUUGAUUAUCAAAUUAUGGAUUUACUCAUAUUUUUAAGCA